CUCUCCGGCCCCCCCUCCCUCCCCGGUCCCGCCACCCCCCGUGAGUCAGUUCAAACAGCUGCAUAGAAGAUGUCUGCCCCAGAUGCUGCUGCCCCACCAGCUGGAGCUCCUGGAGCUCCAGGUGCCCCAGGUGCAGAUGGAGCCCCGGCCGGCGGCCCCCCUGCCCCACCCAAUACUUCCAGCAACCGCAGGCUACAACAGACACAGGCCCAAGUGGAGGAGGUGGUGGACAUCAUGCGGGUGAACGUGGACAAGGUUUUGGAAAGGGACCAGAAGCUCUCAGAGCUGGAUGACAGGGCAGACGCUCUCCAGGCCGGAGCUUCCCAGUUCGAAAGCUGCGCAGCCAAGCUAAAAAACAAGUACUGGUGGAAGAACUGCAAGAUGAUGAUCAUGAUGGGUAUCAUUGGAGUCAUUGUGGUUGGAAUAAUAUUCUUGUACUUCUUCCACUGAGCUCAGCUCUUCAGCACAGAUGGAUUUGGACUUGAGGACGAUACAACAGGGAAGAGAAGAAGAAAAACAAAAAAAAAAAAGAAAAUCAAGCGCCACUCCUCCCCUUCUAUCAGUCCUCUCUUCCCUCUCUUCACAGUCUUCCAUCUAACCAUCUUGCACUUUUACAUGAUAGUAGUGUUUAUAGGUGGCUCUGUUCUGUUUGUCCCCUUUCCCUCCCUUCUCGUUGCUUUCUGACACUGUUGUUUGGCAUGAAGUCCCACUCGGUCUCUCCCGUCUCUGUACCUCAUGUAUUAUUGACGGCCGGAGCAGUCGGAGUGCGAGGAGGAGGGAGAGGGAGAACUCCUGUGGCGAGGGAACACAUGGGCCUAAGGCCACCAAAUACAGACAUAUAGGGGGAAAAUGUACAGAGGAGUUUGCAGUCUUUCUACCCCCCAAUACGCCAAAGCUUGUUCAUAUGACCUUUUUCUUUUGAGAGUCCCACAUUUGUGAAUUGAUACUGACAUGUCGAACUAACACACUCCUUCUGUCACACUGCUCCCAUCAUCGCUACUUACUAACACGAGCUCAUGUUAGAUUAGGACUAGAAACCUUUUUGUUGUGUGUACGUGUGCGUAUUUGUGAUUCAAAGCAUUGUAGCUAAAAGCUUUUUCCAAGUUUACUUGUCAAGCAGUUAUUAGUAUUUUUUUCCUCUUUCCUGUCUAACUUUCUCUCACUCAGUCUCUUAUUUCUGCGACGCUCAGCGACGACGUGAAAAGAAAAA